AUGCAAAAGCUCGCAUUUACUCUCAAACAGCUAGGAAAGGCUCCUGAUGCCUUGAACCUCCUUAGAAGAUGUGUCGACCUUCGCAUCAAUAUAUUAGGCUCGCAUCAUCCGCAUGCUAUAUCCUCGUCAAACACCCUUCGUGACUGGGAAACAGCAGCAGUCCAGCCUUCAAAAUGUCAGCAACCACAUGCUUCAUUACCUGGUUCGUCGCAUCUGAAUCCCAUGCAUGCUGCUGCCAACAUUCAUCCUACCUCGGCUUCGAAACCCGUUGGACGCAAACGGCGAUUCUUUAUGAGCUUAUUCUCCCGACGAUGA